GCCGUUGUGUCGCCCAGCCUCCUCGCGGCGGACGUCGGCCACCUCGCGGCGGCUGCCGAGGAGCUCGCCCGGUCGGGGGCGCAUUGGGUUCACGUGGACGUGACGGACGGCUCGGCGGAGUGCGGCCGAAGCCUCUCGUCGCUCGGUCCCGCGUCAAUCGCCGCGGUGAGGCGGGCCGCUCCCUCGCUCCGCGUCGACGUGCACCUGUACGUGCGGGAGCCGGAGCACCACAUCGAGACGAUGGCGGAGAGUGGAGCCUCGACCGCCGAGGUGCUGGGCGCGGCGGCUCAGGAGCGCGCGGCGGCGCUGGCGGCGGCGAUCGGAUCGCUCGGCUGCAGCGCCGGCGUCUGCUUGGCGCCGACCACGCCGAUCGAGGCGGUGUCGCGGCUGGUGAGCGGUGGCCUGGUCGACCUCGUCAACGUGCUCUCCGUCCACCCUGGGAUCGGCGGGCAGCCCUUCCAGGCCGACGCGCUGGCGCGGCUCCGUGCGCUGAGGAAGGCACACCCGCAGCUUCCCUUUCUCAUGGUCGACGGAGGGAUCGACGCCGCGACGGCCCCGCUCGCGGCGGCGGCGGGCGCCAACGCGCUCGUCGCCGGCUCGUACAUCUUCCGAGCG